CCCGCUUAGUGACGCCGGCAUUUUGUGUCGGUCUUCGACCUUCCCAACAUGGCGGCCUACACUACGUCAUCGGCGCGCGACUGACACUGACGUCGCCGCCAUAAAAGCCAAAGAUUGAAGCGGGCGCCGGCGCCAAAGCGGCAAACGCCAAGAGUUGCGGCGAGGAUGCAGGCCGGUAAUCCCUGGGAUCCAGCAGCGCCCAACCCAGCCGCCCGCUUCCUGCAGAGGUGCCUGACAUCUGGGGCGUUGUCGCAGGAAGAUUUGGACUGGAAUAACUUGCAGUUUGAAAAUUCAGUGCCAUUUAUCCAGCGCUUCAAACUGCUGGAUGCGGUUUCACACGCCAGGGCAGACCUUCAGCAGAAAUCUCUGGAUAUGAAGUUGCUACAGUUGCAGACGGACACAGCAGAUAUUGCCCACCCUGAGUAUCUUGCCAAGAAAUACAGAAAUCUCCAGCUGAUGAACAGCCACCUGGAGAGGAUCGUACAGGAGAAGACAAUGCUGAAACAGCGAUUGGUGAAGCCUAUUUGUCAUCAGUGCCUGCCUGUUGAAGCCAACUGUCACAGAUACGUCUGCGAGCUGCUGACAAUCACAGUUCAAGUUAUCGAGAAACUUGACACUUAUCUGCAAUUUAUGAAAUCCAUCCCACUGUUGCCGCUGAAAGUUAAGCUGAUGACAGAUCUGGGGGACAAAUUUACAUCUGUGAUACUGGAGCUGAAGCGAGUGCUGGAAUUGAUCCUGAAGUGGAGGGAUCAGCAGAAGACUGUCAGUUUGGAAUACAUGCAAUGAACGGGAUAAACCACCUUUCUCGUCAGGAAGGCACUUCCACGCAGAGAAGCCGGCUGUUUGUAAAACGUGUCUUUGUAUUUGAAUUUACCAGCUCCCAAUGGAUGUCAACUGGUCCUUGUGACUGGCUGACCACUCAACUGUUUCCUUGAAUGAUGGUUGUGGAAAUGUUGGACUCAACACUAGAAACCUUGGGUGCCUGUGAGGGGAGAUGAUCUGAGCAUGGAUCGUUCGCCCUUCCUUAAGCUGCCAGCGUGUUUUAUUGUGCUGGCAUUUGCCUCUUCUCACUUAGAUGCAAGCUGGUUGGGGGAGAUACGUCAGAUAACCAGUGUCGGCCCAAACAGAGGCCAGACCAGAGCCACAAACACUCCACCUUUCCCAUCAUCCAUUCGUGCAACAUCUUGUAGAGUGGAUGCCAUAACAGCAAGCAAGUGCACUGAUGAAUGGCCUCCACCAUCACACUAAGAAUGCCAACACCUGUGAGCAGAAGAGGACACUGACCCUUCAGCUCUACCCCUUUCUCUCAACACCAUCUACUGUUACUAUGGACGAAUCAGUGUGAGGCUAUCAACACAUCUCUAUCGGACAAAGCCCAAAAAGUACAAAGUACCGUAUAUCCUUUAUUUUUUUAAUGUACCUUGCAGAUCUCCAAGGAAAGUUUCUACACUUGCCCAUUAUCAGAUAUUGACCGGAGUGUCACUAAUUUGUAAAUAAAGAUUGAAAUGAUGAA